AUGGAGACGAAGAGGCAGUGGAUGCAGUCGUUUGAUGGUAGGAUCCGUGUGGGUCCGGAGUACCAGGCCAUGAUUCCGCCCUUUUGCAAAAACUACCAAUCGCACCAAAACGACAUUAACCCCAAAGACACACAAGAACCAAAACCCCCACUCACUCAAUCACACUCUGAUCCUCUUCAAUCCCAUCAAUCUUUCACUGAGUCUUACCAACCAUUUACACAAUCUUAUGAACCAUUUACGGAAUCCUAUGAACAAUUGACCGAGUCAUUACAUCAGUGUGAAGAGUAUGAAAAUGUGGAUUUGGAGGAUCAGUGUGAUAUAUCGAGUCAUAUAAAGUUUGUGUCGGAGGAGGAGUUGGGCCGAUUUGAGUCGGACACGAAAUCUUUAGAACACUACAACUCUGAUAAAGAAUUUUAA